CAGUGAUCCAACGGUUUUCAAACAGAGAAGGAAAUUUAUGUAAUUAAAUUCCUCCUGUGUAUAGCAAGCAACAGUGUGAUCUGUGAUAUUGAACAAUAACAUCGAAGUAAUCGUCACGUAUCGACGACAGCAACAUGGAAGGAAUAUUUGAAAUACUCUGCGGUCUCACUGUAAUUAUUCUUCUUCUGUAUUAUUAUCUGACCAUGACGUUCGAUUACUGGAAGGUUCGCGACGUAAAAGGCCCUCAACCAAUUCCUUUGUUCGGCAAUAUGAAGGACAUAAUAUUUCAUAAAAUAAAUAUGACAGAAUAUCUCAUAAAUAUUUAUAAUUUCUACAAGGACGAACGAUACAUCGGUAUCUUCUUUAGAAGUAGACCGAUACUCAUCCUAAGAGAUCCGCAAUUGAUAAAAAACAUCUUAAUUAGGGACUUUUCCAGUUUCCCUCAACGAGCCGUGGACGUUACCGAAAAAGUAGAGCCAUUGACGCAAAAUCUCAUAUAUCUUGAUGCACAUAGAUGGAGACCAUUAAGGAAUAAAUUGACACCUGCGUUUUCUAUCAAUAAAAUGAAGGGAAUGUUUCCAUUGAUAAUGACCUCCUCACUUCAUUUUGAGGAAUAUAUUAAUAAGAUACCUGACAACGAUAUCAUGGAUAUUUAUAAAUUAUUCAAUAAAUUCACUAUAAACAUAAUCGGUAAUUGUGUAUUUGGAAUUGAAAUAGACGUGAUUAAAGAUGAAGAAAAUGAUUUUAGUAAAAUUAUUAAAGAAAUAUUCAAGGAUAAUUUAAUGACACUAGUGAAAUAUCGUCUGCAAUUGAAUUUUCCGAAAUUGUACAACGAACUCGGCUUUCUAUUCCGAAAUUCUCGUCAAAUUUCCUUUUUUUUAAAUAUCGUUAAUAAAACAAUGAAAUACAGAAUAGAAAAUAACAUCGUUAGGAACGAUUUCAUAAAUGUACUGAUGGAAUUGAAAAAAAAUCCGGAAAAGCUUAGUGAUGAUAUCGAACUAACGGAUACAUUUUAUGCCGCUCAAGCGUACGUAUUUUUUGCGGCUGGUUCAGAAACAUCUUCUUUGACUAUGACCUUUAUUCUUUACGAAUUAGCUCAAAAUCAGAACAUACAGGACAAAGUUCGUAAAGAGAUCAAUGAUGAAUAUGAAAGAAAUGAUGGUACCUUAAAGUUUGAAUCUAUAAAAACGCUGAAAUAUUUACAGGCGGUAUUCAAAGAAACAUUAAGGAAACAUCCACCGGUAAUAUUUUUAUCUAGAGAAUGUGUAGUACCAUCUUACAAAUUGGAGGGCACUAAAAUUACUAUAGGCAAGCAUCAAAGAAUUUUUAUACCGGUAAUCGCAUUACAUAAGGAUCCAAACAUUUAUCCGAAUCCAAAUGUUUUUGAUCCUACACGAUUUAUUACCGAAAAUAAUUUAAUUAACGAUGGAACGUAUCUACCUUUUGGUAGAGGACCUCGUAAUUGUAUUGGAGAAAAAUUCGCAGAGUAUCAAGUGAUAAUUGGAUUAGCAAUAUUUUUACGGAAUCAUAAAGUCGACAUUUGUGAGAAAACAAAAAUUCCAUAUACGAUCGGUAGAUCGGAUUUCUUGUUACAACCAAAAGAAGAAAUAUAUUUAAAAAUCAAAGUUAUUGAAAAAUAAUGUAAAAAGUUAGAGAUCGUAUGGAAAUAAGAUUUUAAUGGAUCGAUACGAAAACAAAAAAACAUGAUGUAUAAUGACAACGCAAACGAUGAUGAAUUCGAUAUGAUAAAAUGUUUUAUGUUAAUCAUAUAAAAACUUUUCAUCUAUAAUUACAAGUAACAAAAAUAUUUUUUUUUUUCUUUUCUAUUAUCCGCUAGCUACGAAGCAU